AGGGUGCGAAUUUCAGGGACUUGCCUGGUGUAAUAGUUGGUGAAAACAAUAAAGUAGAGUGGGACACAACAAUGGACAGAGUGUUGCUCAAAUCUGGAUAACCAUUGGUGCCAGAUUAUGCCAUGAAAUUUGUCAAAGGGAGAUCAACCAAGCCAUUCGGUCGUUUGUGGUUGGAUGAAAUUGUCAACACAGUGGUAACAAGGGCUGAACCUCACAAUCAGACGGUCAUCCAUCCUUCCCAAGAUAGGGUGCUUACAAUCCGUGAGAAUGCGAGAUUACAAGGAUUCCCGGACCGCUACAAACUUUUUGGGACUAUUAAAGAGAGGUACAUACAGGUGGGAAACGCUGUCGCUGUUCCGGUUGCAACCGCAUUGGGAUUUGCUUUCGGUUUGGCUUGCCAGAAUUUAUGCGACGACGAGCCUCUGAUGACUCUUCCUUUCAAGUUCCCAGAUUGCCUUGCACGGUCUUCACACAUACAAGGAGAUGAUGGUUCUGAUUGAAGA